CUGCAACACACCACACAUCGAGCAGCUCUUCUUCCCCACGCGGCUAUUAGGUCACGCUAAGUUGAAGCCUCUGUCCGGUUAAUCCUUUCACUCUGAUAGCGAAUAGCAAUGAGCGCUGGUCGAAGUGUGUGGAGCCGGUCAAGCAACAGCGCCGCCGCCGUGGCGUCUGUAACGUCGCCUGUGGCUGUGAAGCUGCACGAUGUGAUGGACGAGGAGCUGGCGGUCAAACUGCAGCGCGAGGAGCAGGAGCAGUGGGAACGCGAGAUGGAAGGCCGGUUCGGCGGAGAAGACCGUCAGACUGGAUGGUGUUUUGUGGAGGUGCCCAGCUCUAGCUCCGGUAACGGCGUCAUGAGCGUCAUCCAACAGGAGGUGACAGUGGAGGACGCACAGGAUAAUAAUGACCCGGAUUACACUUUCGCUCUCGAGCUCCAGGCUCAAGAGGCUGAAGAGUACGACCGUAUGCGGCGCCAGGAGGCCUCGUCCAUGGAACGCAUCCGUGUGAUCCAACUAGAGGACCCCAAACGCGAGGAGGUCCGCCAGACGCUCCAGCGCUAUUAUGAUCGAGAAGCUCAUCGGGAGUUUGAUCAGGACGAUCCGGUAGAGGUGCGCACGGUGCAUCAUGGGGACGAUAUGCCGAUUACGCACGCGGUUACUGCUGUCAGUGUUCCUGCUGCUAAGCCGGUGCCAUCAGUUGAACGGCCUCGUCUCGGCGAUCCUGACGUCUACCACGACGUCUACUUGGACGGAGCAGGUUGGCGAGUACCGAAAAAGCCAGCAACGAAGCAGUCGGAUAGAAAGAACCGCCACCACCGCUCCAAGAACUCGUCAUCGUCCAAUGGAAGUACAUCUAGCAACCGGAUUUGAACGACGGCAACAAGGACGAUGCUGUUUACUUGCAGACAUCGUUCGUGCUUCGUUGGAUGGAGCCCUCGACGCGGGGCCUUGCUGCCCUUUCGUCCUCCACACACAGGUAAUAUUAGCAAAUUAAGUAAUUCUCUACUUCGCGCGAGGUGUCCGCCAGGCAGCGCCUCGCAUCAAGU